GGGGGGUGCGGAGCCAGCCAGGCCGCCCGCCCGUUCCCAUAGCGGCCGAGCAGAGCAGGCUGCCAUGGCGCUGGCCAGGCCUGGGUCCCCGGCCCCCCAGCUCCCGGUCCCCUGGGCCCUGGCCCCUGUCCUGUUGCUGCUGCUGCUCUGGGUCCCUGCCCUCGCCCUCCUGGCUGGGACGGUGCCUUCAGAGCCCCCCAGUGCCUGUGCCUCAGACCCGUGCGCUCCAGGGACCGAGUGCCAGGCUACCGAGAGUGGUGGCUACACCUGUGGGCCCACAGAGCCCCGGGGCUGUGCCACCCAGCCAUGCCACCAUGGCGCUCUGUGUGUGCCCCAGGGUCCAGAUCCUGAUGGCUUCCGCUGCUACUGCGUGCCGGGUUUCCAGGGCCCACGCUGUGAGCUGGACAUCGAUGAGUGUGCAUCUCGGCCGUGCCACCACGGGGCCACCUGCCACAACCUGGCCGAUCGCUAUGAGUGCCAUUGCCCCCUUGGCUAUGCAGGCGUGACCUGCGAGACGGAGGUGGACGAGUGCGCCUCGGCGCCCUGCCUGCAUGGGGGCUCGUGUCUGGACGGCGUGGGCUCCUUCCGCUGUGUGUGCGCGCCGGGCUAUGGGGACACCCGCUGCCAGCUGGACCUCGAUGAGUGCCAGAGCCAGCCGUGCGCACACGGGGGCACGUGCCACGACCUGGUCAACGGGUUCCGGUGCGACUGCGCGGGCACCGGCUACGAGGGCGCGCACUGCGAGCAGGAGGUGCUGGAGUGCGCAUCGGCGCCCUGCGCGCACAACGCGUCCUGCCUUGAGGGCCUCGGGAGCUUCCGCUGUCUCUGUUGGCCAGGCUACAGUGGUGAGCGAUGCGAAGUGGACGAGGACGAGUGUGCAGCGAGCCCCUGCCAGCACGGGGGCCAGUGCCUGCAGCGCUCCGACCCGGCCCUCUACGGGGGCGUCCAGCCUGCCUUCCCUGGUGUCUUCAGCUUCCGCCACGCGGUGGGCUUCCUCUGCCUCUGCCCUCCUGGCUUUGAGGGAGCUGACUGCAGCGUGGAGGUGGACGAAUGUGCCUCACAGCCAUGCCUCAAUGGGGGCCGCUGCCAGGACCUGCCCAAUGGCUUCCAGUGUCACUGCCCAGAUGGCUAUGCAGGGCUGACAUGUCAGGAAGAUGUGGAUGAAUGCCUGUCGGAUCCCUGCCUCCAUGGUGGAACCUGCAGUGACACUGUGGCAGGCUAUAUCUGCUGGUGCCCAAAGACCUGGGGUGGGCGCGACUGUUCUGUGCAGCUCACUGGCUGCCAGGACCACACCUGCCCGCUGGCUGCCACCUGCAUCCCUAUCUUUGAGUCUGGGGUCCACAGUUAUGUCUGCAACUGCCCACCUGGUACCCAUGGACCUUUCUGUGGCCAGAAUACCACCUUCUCUGUGAUGGCUGGGAGCCUCAUUCAGGCAUCUGUGCCAGCUGGUGGCCCGCUGGGUCUGGCACUGAGGUUUCGCACCACGCUGCCCGCUGGGACCUUGGCCACUCGCAAUGACACCAAGGAAAGCUUGGAACUGGCAUUGGUGGCAGCCACACUUCAGGCGACACUCUGGAGCCACGGCACCACUGUGCUUGUCCUGAGACUGCCGGACCUGGCCCUAAACGAUGGCCAUUGGCACCAGGUGGAGGUGGCGCUCCGCCCAGGGACCCUGGAGCUGCGGCUCUGGCAUGAGGGCUGCCCUGCUCGGCUCUGUGUGGCCUCUGCUCCCGUGGCCCUGGCUCCCAUGGCUUCGGCAACCCCGCUGCCUGCCAGGAUCUCCUCUGCCCGGCUGGGGGACGUGGCAUUUGCAGGCUGCCUCCAGGACGUGCGUGUGGAUGGGCACCUCCUGCUGCCUGAGGACCUUGGCGAGAACGUCCUCCUGGGCUGCAAGCGCCGAGAGCAGUGCCAGCCUUUGCCUUGUGUCCACGGAGGGGCCUGUGUGGAUCUGUGGACUCAUUUCCGUUGCGACUGUCCACGGCCCUAUAGGGGUCCCACAUGUGCUGAUGAGAUUCCUGCUGCCACCUUUGGCUUGGGAGGCACCCCGAGCUCUGCCUCCUUUCUCCUCCAAGAGCUGCCAGGCCCCAACCUCACAGUGUCUUUCCUUCUCCGCACCCGGGAGCCUGCUGGCAUGUUGCUCCAGUUUGCCAAUGACUCCACAGCUGGCCUGACAGUAUUCCUGAGUGAGGGUCGGAUCUGGGCCGAGGUGCCAGGCAGUCCUGCUGUAGUGCUCCCUGGGCGCUGGGAUGAUGGGCUCCGCCACCUGGUGACGCUCAGCUUCGGGCCUGACCAGCUGCAGGACCUGGGGCAGCAGGUGCAUGUGGGUGGGAGGCUCCUCACUGCUGACAGCCAACCCUGGGGUGGGCCCUUCCGAGGCUGCCUCCAGGACCUGCAACUCGAUGGCCACCACCUCCCCUUCCUUCCUCUGCCACUGGACAACUUAAGCCAGCCCAGUGAGCUCGGUGGCAGGCAGUACUGGAACCUCACUGCGGGCUGCGUCUCUGAGGACACGUGCAGUCCUGACCCCUGUUUCAAUGGUGGCACUUGCCUCGUCACCUGGAAUGACUUCCACUGUACCUGCCCUGCCAACUUCACAGGGCCCACGUGUGCCCAGCAGCUGUGGUGUCCCGGCCAGCCCUGUCUCCCACCUGCCACGUGUGAGGAGGUCCCCGAUGGCUUUGUGUGUGUGGCCCAGACCACGUUCCGGGAGGGUCCCCCCGCCAUGUUCAGCGGGCACAACGCAUCGUCGGGGCACUCGCUCGGCGGCCUGUCGCUGGCCUUCCGCACGCGCGACCCCGAAGCCUGGCUGCUGCGCGCCGCAGCCGGCAACACGUCUGGAGUGUGGCUGGCGGUGCGCAACGGCUCGCUGGUGGGCGGCGUGCGUGGAGGCCGCGGCCUGCCCGGCGCUGUGCUGCCCAUGCCUGGGCUGCGCGUGGCUGAUGGCGCUUGGCACCGCGUGCACCUGGCCAUGGAGCGCCCGGCGGCCGCUGCCUCGCCCUGGCUGCUGUGGCUGGACGGCGCUGCCACGCCGGUAGCACUGCGCGGCCUGGCCGGCGACCUGGGCUUCUUGCAGGGUCCAGGUGCCGCACGCGUCCUGCUGGCCGAGAACUUCACCGGCUGCUUGGGCCGCGUGGCGCUGGGUGGCUUCCCCUUGCCCUUGGCGCGGCCCCGGCCAGGCGCGGCCCCCGGAGCCCGAGAGCACUUCAUGGCCUGGCCUGGGGCGCCAGCCCCGAUCCUCGGCUGCCGCGGCACGCCGGUGUGUGCGCCCUCGCCCUGCCUGCACGGCGGCGCCUGCCGUGACCUCUUCGACGCCUUCGCCUGCGCCUGUGGCCCGAGCUGGGAGGGCCCUCGCUGCGAGGCCCAUGUCGACCCCUGUCACUCGGCGCCCUGCGCCCGUGGCCGCUGUCACACGCACUCUGACGGCCGUUUCGAGUGCCUCUGCCCGCCCGGCUUCGGGGGCCCGCGCUGCAGGUUGCCUGUCCCACCCAAGGAGUGCAACCUGAACGUCACCUGCCUCAACAGCAGCCGGUGUGAGGGUGGGUCUCCUGCUGCCAACUGCAGCUGCCUGGAGGGUCUUGCUGACCAGAGGUGUCGGGUCCCACCCCUUCCCUGUGAAGCCAACCCCUGCUUGAAUGGGGGCACCUGCCGAGCAGCUGGAGGGGCAUCUGAAUGUAUCUGCAGCGCCAGGUUCUCUGGCCGGUUCUGUGAAGUGGUGAAAGGCCUGCCCCUGCCACUGCCAUUCCCGCUGCUGGAGGUGGCUGUGCCUGCAGCCUGUGCCUGCCUCCUUCUCCUCCUCCUGGGCCUCCUUUCAGGGAUCCUUGCAGCCCGAAAGCGCCGCCAGUCCGAGGGCACCUAUAGCCCAAGCCAGCAGGAAGUGGCCGGGGCCCGUCUGGAGAUGGAUAGUGUCCUCAAGGUGCCACCAGAGGAGAGACUCAUCUAGGCCAGCCUGGCGGCCAGUGCCAGCACCAGCAUCUGGAGGUCCUGGAUGGCUUCUACCAGGAGACCCAAGGAAGCUGCUUCCAGGGCCCAGGACAUUGCUACAGAGCCUCCGCCUCUGCCCCAUCCUGAAUGGAGGACAAGCAGAGCAACUCAGGGAAGCAGAGGCCUAGAGAGGCCGUGGACUCCUCCCUCCCACCCAUGGGGUGCCGCCUCGGCAGGUGUACGGCUGUGUGGGAGGGCACACGUGGGUGCACAGUGUGUUCAGGAGUGUGUGUGUAUCUGGAGGAGUGUGUGCGUGUAUCUGGAGGAGUGUGUGUGUGCGUGUA